AAUUGUAAGGAAGUUUGCUUUAGUCUCCGCAAAUUUCUGCCUCCUUCCCUUUUUUUUUUCUUGUCUCCUCUUCAAUCUUCAUUGUCCUGUUCUUCCCUUUAGUGGCAAACCAAUAAACAGAACUCAAAUAGAUAGAUACACAGGCAGAGAUCAUAGCCUGCUUGCACCUUUGUAAGUUGAGAAGAUACGAAAGAAUGGCAUUUGCAGGAACAACCCAAAAGUGUAUGGCCUGUGACAAAACUGUUUAUCUGGUUGAUAAGUUGACUGCGGAUAACCGAGUGUUCCACAAAGCUUGCUUCAGAUGCCACCACUGCAAAGGAACCCUGAAGCUUAGCAACUAUAACUCUUUUGAGGGAGUUCUUUAUUGCAAGCCACACUUCGAUCAACUGUUCAAAAGAACUGGUAGCCUUGACAAAAGCUUCGAAGGGACACCAAAAAUUGCCAAACCAGAAAAAAAUAUGGAUGAGAAACCUGCAGCAGCCAAAGUCUCAAGUAUGUUUGGUGGAACAAGGGAUAAAUGUGCUGGUUGUCAGAAAACGGUGUAUCCCACUGAGAAGGUUACUGUUAAUGGAACUCCUUACCAUAAGAGCUGUUUCAAAUGCUGCCAUGGAGGGUGUGUUAUCAGUCCCUCCAAUUACAUAGCACACGAGGGAAAACUCUACUGCAAACACCACCAUAUCCAAUUGAUCAAGGAGAAGGGCAAUUUAAGCCAGCUGGAAGGAGACAAUGAGAAGAGUUCAAUGCAGGGAAAAAUCAAUGGUGAAGAAGUUGCUGCGGAGACAUGAUGAAAAGAGUUCUGAGCCUCAGAAUUUCCCCUUUCUCAUGUUCCAUAUUUGUGGACCAUGUUUCUGCUAUCUCUCAUGCUUUUACCAUUACUUGCAGUCCGGGAAG